CCCAAAUACGAGUAUAAUUCAAAGAUUUCGAUCAACAUUAUAACUUCCAUGCACGUUCAUUAUUACUCGGUAUAUAUAAAAACCCCCCAAAUUAUUCAUUCGAUCAAAAAUUUCCCUACACAAACCCUGCCCCAAUUUUCAAUCCCAAAUUACAAAACCCUAAUUAGUUAAUCGCAAAAAAAUUGAAAAAUCAUGGACGAUACUUGUGCGGUGUGUGCUGAUACAUUAGAAUGGGUUGCCUACGGAAUCUGCGGACACAAAGAAGUUUGUUCGACUUGCGUUGUUCGUCUUCGUAUCAUCUGCGGCGAUAACUGCUGCUGCAUCUGCAAAACCGAGUCCAAAACCAUCUUUGUUACCAAGGCUUUAGGGGACUACACAAAUGUGAUAAGUGAUUUUUCGGUGUUCCCUUCUGAAGAUAAGGAAGGUCAAUCUGGAUCAUAUUGGUAUCAUGAAGAUACGCGGUCUUACUUUGAUAAUUUUGAACAAUAUAAGAUGGUCAAGGCCAUGUGUAAGCUUACUUGUAAUGCUUGUGAUAAUGUGGAGAGAGAGAAUACUGAUAAUAUUCGUCAGCUUAAGGAUCAUCUGUUUCACCAACAUAAAUUGUACAUGUGCAACUUGUGCUUGAAAGGAAGGAAGGUAUUUAUUUGUGAACAAAAGCUGUAUACCAAAGCACAAUUAGAGCGACACAAAAAUACAGGCGACUCUCAAGUUGAUGGAACCGAAAGCGAAAGAGGUGGCUUCAAGGGCCAUGUUUUCUGUAAAUUAUGCAGGUUAUGGUUUUAUGAAGAUAAUGAGCUUUAUAGGCAUAUGGAGACCGAACAUUACCACUGUUCUAUAUGCAAACGACGGAAUAUUGGCAACUAUGAAUAUUACAAGAAUUAUGAUGACCUAGAGAAUCAUUUUCGGGAAGCCCAUUUUUAUUGUGAAGAAGCUGAGUGUCUUGCUAAGAAGUUCAUCGUUUUUCCAUCUGAAGCUGAAAUGAAGUUACACAUAACUCAAGAGCAUGCGGGCCACAUGUCACGAGCAAGGCGUAAUGCUACUCUCCAGUUAUCCACCAACUUCACAUAUGGACAAACCAGUGAACAUGGUAAUAGACGUGGUAGACGACAGAAUGAUCUAUCUGAACCAGAGCUGUCUUCAGCAUCGGAACCCAGCCAUGAGACGGCUAAUGAUAGUGAUGUGAAUGACAUGCCACCAGAGGAAUCUGACUUCCCUCCACUUCCAACUGGUUCUUAUGCUAUUUCCCAAAAUCCCGAACUUUUAUGGAGCAACAAUCAGGCUUUGCCCGCAUUACCCCGUGUACAAACUAAUAAUAGCCUAAGAAGAAGAAAAAAAAGUAAUCAUAAUAACCAACCCGAAAGUUCAGUCUCUAGAUCUGAAUCCGCCUUCCCUCCACUUCCCACUUCCACAGGCCAUGAUACUAGUGUCCAAACGCCCGAAAGUUUACAGAAUAAUAGUCGGCCCCCAUCCACAUCAGCCCGUUUAAAAACUAAUCAUAAUAAUCAACCCUCACCCAGUUCAGUUUCUAGAGCUGAAUCCGCCUUCCCUCCGCUUUCCACCGGCUCUGAUGCUAUUACCCCAAAUCCCGAAAGUUUACUUAGUAACAAUCAGGUUCAGUCCACAUCAGUCCGAUUAAAAACUAAUCAUAAUAAUCAACCCUCACCCAGUUCAGUAUCUAGACCUGAAUCCGCCUUCCCUCCACUUUCAUCUGGCUCUGAUGCUAUUGCUCCAAAUCCCGAAAGUUUACCGAGUAACAAUCAGGUUUGGUCCACAUCAGUCCGUUUAAAAACUAAUCAUAAUAAUCAACCCUCACCCAGUUCAGUAUCUAGACCUGAAUCCGCCUUCCCUCCACUUUCAUCUGGUUCUGCUGCUAUUGCCCCAAAUCCCGAAAAUUUACCGAGUAACAAGUUGGUUUGGUCCACAUUAGGCCGUUUAAAAACUAAUCAUAAUAAUCAACCCUCGCCCAGUUCAGUUUCUAGAGCUGAAUCUGCCUUCCCUCCACUUUGCUCUGGGCCUGAUGCUAUUGCCCCAACUCCUGAAAGUUCACCGAGUAACAAUCAGGUUUGGUCCACAUUAGCCCGUUUAAAAACUAAUCGUAAUAAUCAACCCUCACCCAGCUCAGUUUCUAGAGCUGAAUCCGCCUUCCCUCCACUUUCCUCUGGGCCUGAUGCUAUUGCUCCAAAUCCCGAAAGUUUACUGUGUAACAAUCAGGCUUGGUCCACAUUAGCCCGUUUAAAUAAUUAUAAUAAUCAACCCUCUCCCAGUUCAGUUUCUGGACCUUCAAGCACUAGCAGAAUUAGCCAUUCAACGUCAGCCCUGAAUUUGGUUGAUACUAAUUCGGUGUCUGAUUUUCCACCAAUGCAAAGACAUAAUGUGCCUGCAAACGGACGUUCCACAGAAAGUGCGAAAGAUUUAUAUUCUAAAAACAAGCCAAUGGUAGAUAAAAUCCGCACAGAUCUAGAACUUGAUGAUUGGACAUUACCUGGUGGUCAAUUUGUUUUAAAACUGCCAAAGAGUGAUGACGAAAGCAGCAGCAGUUAUGGUGGAGUCAAGGAAGUUAGAAGCAAGCAGAAAGAGAAGAAAACGUCAAAGUUCACAAAGGCCCGUCUUGGUAAUGGAUCUAUGGUCUCACUCCUAGAUGAUCUUACUAAUACCUUUGAAUGGGAACACAGGCCAAGAUCCUAAUGAAGCUGUACCAGUAAAAAGUGUUUGGCUCAAUGGUGGAGGUCAUAGGAUAAUUGGGAAAGACGAAACUAGAGCCUACACCUUUGAGUAAGAGCAUAGCAACUCUAAGUAAGAGCAUGGGUAACGUACGUUUCGUGAAUCAGGUCUAGUCUUUUGGAAUAUGGAGAUAUAUGCAUGUGGUUCAUUUUAUGGUGGCUUGUUGCGUAGGCUGAAGUUGAAUAGAGAUUGGAACAGAAUUCUGGCCAUUUGUCCUCUAUAUUCUAUAAGCUUAUGUUUAGCUUUUUAGGGGAUAUAUAGUUCAUGGAUGUAGAUCCACUUCAGUUAUCCAACUUGAGGUGUAAAGUUAAGAUAAUUAUAAAUUUAACUAUGGGAUUAAAAUUGAAAGUCAAAAUUUAAUGAUUA